AUAUUGUGUACGCAUUGAAAACAAUCGGUAUUAAAGUUGUGAAUUAGCUCGAAGAUGAAAGGUGUUGUGUUAGAGCUUUGCGUUUUAAUUGUUGCAUCUCUUUUCACAGGUGGUACGACUAAAACGUGUGCUUGUACAAGUAGCUCAUGUUAUAGAACUUCUUGGACAGCAUGGUCAUCAUGGGGUUCGUGCGGUCAGACAUGCGGUGGCGGUAUUCGACGACGGACAGCAAAUUGUAUCCUACAUUAUAGAAUCUUUGGUCUUGUCUUUAGUUUGCCUUUACAAGAUUCCUUUAAAUAUGAUUCAAACCCAUGUGGCCAGGUUUGUUUAAAUGAUGGCAAAUUUAUUGACGAAAAAUGUAGCUGUCCUCAACCAUUUACAGGUGUAUGUUGCCAAGAACUGCCAACAUGUCAACCAUCCUGCAAGAACGGUGGUGUGUGCAUUGCGGACAAUACGUGCAGAUGUCAAUCAAAUUUUUAUGGACCGAUUUGUGAAAUCGGUAGCGUUAUUGAGGAACGGUUGCAGCCACAUUUCAAUCCGUUGAUGUCCAGAGAUUAUGACCCACUUUCGUGGUAUGAUGCUCCAAAAAUGUCUGGAGAUAACAAAAUUUGUUACAUCAAAAUACAAGUGGAGAAUGCAUACUUUGACACGAUAUUCACCGCUGUGAGCACACUAGCUAACAACAAAUCAGUUUCAUUUGGAAACUUCACAACCGCUCCAGUAGAUUCCGAGUUAAAACUGAAUCACACUUCAAGAUUUGCUUGCCUGAAGGUGAGAUGUCCGGGUGUCAGUACAACUGGUUCACCAUUUGAGGUGUCAGUAAAUAUCAGCGUGUCAAGUCCACAAAGAAAAUGUACUGUGAAUGAGAACAAAUCAAUGGAGAGUGUCGUCCUAACGGCGUAUAAUUACGGAGGUCAUGAUUAUCUUACUCUCGAAUUACAAUCCGGAAACAACUACGGAGAAAUCUACGGAAUUUAUGUAGGAACCGGGUUCCGGGACAAGGCGGAAUUUCUAGCCAAACAGUCUUGCUAUAGCGGGAGCAGAUAUGUAUCACAUUCAAUCCAACCAGAAAAGAAUGUUCUAGGAUCAAUAACAUGUAAUUGAAAAACAACUAUUAAAAGUAAACAACUGAAUCUUUUCUUUCUGAGAUUAGGAGCUAUUGAAUUGUACGUAUUUACUUGAUGUAAAAACUACUCUGCAAUUUUUGCUACCUAUGACGCAGAAAGCUCUUAUGAUAUAAUAACAAGCAUAAACUUUUCAAUAUAUAAACCAGGUCUUUCCUGGACUUCGUAAAUGAUAGGUAUAUACAGGUAUUUUGUAACUUUAAAUAGAUAUGAAUGAAUUGGUGGUGUUCAACAUAUCAUCGAGUGUUCCAAGUGUUUGCGAAUAUCUCGUUCGCAAUUUUUAAUAAUCUCUAAUCAGACCUGUUGUUUUUACCUUAUUUUAAACGUGAUGAUUUAUCAUAAUAUAUGUUACAAAGAAACUUUUUAUCAUCGUUUCUUUAUUUCUUAUCAAUGAUAAUGAUAUUUAUUCACUGAUUUUCUACAUCAUACUUCUACUGGAAGUUUAAUUUUGGAUAGAUAAUGUCCGUCAAAAGCUAUACAUAGCUUAUGCUCUGUGAAAUGUUUUAUAUACAUACCAAAAAUAAAUAAACACAUUUUUAUUUGAUUUAUGAUUUGAAAAGCAAAGUCUGGAUUGUGUAAACGUUUUUGUUCUUUUGUGUUUGUUUUGUUGUUGUUGUUGUUGUUGUUUUUUUCAAAAGCAACUUGUAAUCUAAAUAUAACUCAAGUAUAGAAAAGGCAAUCGGAACGUCAUCGGCUAUUAUCUUUAAUAACCUCGGAAAUAAUACGGAUAAAAAGUAGUUCUACCACGUGGAUAAUGUAAAACGAAUGUAUAUAUUUGACCUACAAAGGAAAAUAAAGUUUGUUUCAGUACAAUUAUGAUAAGAAAUAUGUUGGAGAACCAUUUUUAAUAUGAAUAUAACCUCUAAUGUACAAUUUUAAACAAAUCCGACUCAACUUUGACAGGUUGGCAUUUUGUACUUUCGGUUUCUACUACCAUAAUAAUAAGUAUUGUUUACUAUUAUAUCUAUGAAUUUACUUAUUUUAGGUCGACCUUCACUUGAUAUAUUGGAUAAAAACUUGUCAACAAAUCUUAGCAUUAAAUUACUAUUUGUUUACAUGCGUAGGUAAGACUGAAAUACCGUUGCAUACUAUAGUUUUCGAGGUCCUUAUCCGAAGACUGACGGAAAGGACCGAAAAGUUGCGAUUGUAGAAAGAGUGCAACCUUUUCAAAAUGGCGGCGCCUUGCUAACUAAUCAAAGUUGUUAGACUUAGACAUGUAUUUUUUUUUAAUUUAUUUUAAUUAAUGUGAUUUCAAUUUAACUUAUACGUGUACAUGUUAUCUAACAGCCCUCUCGGACUUUCCGCUGAAAUUUUAAAUGAAAAAAUGUGAAACUCAAUUACAUGUAUAAUACGUUCCA